AUGGCGUCCUCGCAUCCCCUGGAACUGACGGUCUUGGGGAAUGGAUCGGGGCCCAGCCGGAGAGCCCCACAGGGGGGUCCUUCAGCACCAUGGACAGCUCCCAGCGCGGGCAUUGAGAAUAUCUCCUACGAGGGGGAGGAGGAGGAGGAGGAGGAAGCAGAGACCUCCUUCCCUAACGGCCGAGGGGCCGCCAGCAGUCCCAGGGAACCUCCGGCGCCCCCCAGAGGUGACCUUUCCCCCAGAUCAGAGGAUGGCCCUCUGUCCGACGCCACCGGGAAUUCCGUGGACUAUGGCUUCAUUUCGGCGUUGGUCUUCUUAGUGGGCGGGAUCUUGCUGGUGAUCGUCGCUUACAGCAUCCCGCGGGAGGCCAGGGUGGACCCGGACACCGUGUCCGCCCGGGAGAUGGAGCGGCUGGAGAUGUAUUACGCCCGCCUGGGCUCCCAGCUGGACAAGUGCAUCAUUGCCGGCUUGGGCUUCUUGACCUUGGGGGGCAUGCUGCUGUCGAUACUCCUGAUGGUCUCUAUCUAUAAAGGGGAGCUCUAUCGGAGAAGGACUUUCCCGGCCUCCAGAAUUCCCAGGAAGACCUACGGGUCUAUAAACCUGAGGAUGAGGCAGCUGAAUGGAGAAGGGGGGCAAACGUUGGUGGAGAACGAGGUUGUUCAGAUGACGGACGUGGCACCCGUCAACCAGAACUGCUGA